AUGUACUUGUGGGAAGGAAGGAACAGAAAUAGUCCAGAUGAACGUAGAGAAGAGAUUUAUGAUGAUGAAGAAGAAGAUGAAGAAAUUUUAGGAUCAGAUGAUGAUGAACAGGAAGAUCCUAAAGAUUAUUGUAAAGGAGGGUACCAUCCAGUCAAGACUGGAGAUUUAUUUCAUCAUAAUCGCUACCAUGUAGUGCGUAAACUUGGUUGGGGUCAUUUCUCUACAGUUUGGUUGUGUUGGGAUCUUCAAGAGAAAAGAUUUGUGGCACUAAAAGUAGUGAAAUCAGCUCAACAUUAUACAGAAACUGCAGUUGAUGAAAUUAAGUUAUUAAGAUGUGUUCGUGAAACUGAUGAAAAUGAUCCUUUUCGAGAGAAAACUGUUCAAUUAUUGGAUGAUUUUAAAAUAUCUGGAGUCAAUGGAACUCAUGUGUGUAUGGUGUUUGAAGUCCUGGGCAAUAAUUUAUUAAAGUUAAUAAUUCGCUCUAACUAUCAGGGAAUUCCUGUAGCUAAUGUUAAAUGUAUAAUAAGACAGGUAUUGGAAGGUUUACACUACUUACAUGUGAAAUGUAAAAUAAUUCACACUGACAUUAAACCAGAAAAUAUUCUGAUGUGUGUAGAUGAAGCUCAUGUUAAAAGAUUAGCAGCUGAAGCAUUUGAAUCUCAAAAGACAGGCACUAAACUCUCUGGAUCUGCAGUGAGUACAGCCCCAAAAGAAAAGCCAAUUGAUCCCUCCAAACUGACCAAAAAUAAACGUAAGAAAUUAAAACGUAAAAUGAAGAAACAAUUACAACUGAUAGAAAUGAAUGAACAGCAGAUGGAAGAAGCAUUAGGAAAUAAAGAGUUGAGUGCGUGUUGUUCCAGUAAGAAUCCUCUGUAUGAUAUUUAUGAUCUUCCAGUUAAAAUUGCUGACUUGGGUAAUGCUUGUUGGACAAAUCACCAUUUUACGGAAGAUAUACAGACACGUCAAUAUCGUAGUUUAGAAGUUUUAGUGGGUGCUGGUUAUGGACCUCCUGCAGAUAUCUGGUCUACAGCCUGUAUGGCGUUUGAAUUAGUGACUGGUGAUUAUUUAUUUGAGCCUCAUUCUGGUGAGGGAUACAGUCGUGACGAGGAUCAUCUGGCUCAUGUGAUCGAACUUCUCGGUUCAAUUCCAAGAAAUAUUGCACUGUCUGGCAAAUAUUCAAGAGAAUAUUUCGACAAACGAGGUGAAUUGCGACAUAUUACCAAGUUAAAGCCAUGGAGUUUAUAUGAAGUUCUGGUAGAGAAAUAUGAAUGGGAUCCAGAUGAGGCUGAAGCCUUUUCUGAAUUUUUAGUUCCCAUGUUGGAAUUUGAUCAGAAUAAAAGAGCAACUGCUUUUGAAGCGUUACAUCAUCCAUGGCUCUCUUCGUGACCUAGUGAAUUAAAAGAGGCCCAGGCUUGACAUCUUUACACAGUGCAGCAGUCACAGCCAGUGAAGUUUAUUUAUAUACUGGAGUGGAGAAAUUAAUCACAUUUUUCUGGAAGGUUAAAUCACGGCUGGGUCACAAUAAUGACUGUAAAAGUCAAACAAAGCCCAAAUGCUUCGUAAACAGAUCAUGAGCUACCAUCCUUUUGGCCAAGAGCGUUCAUAUCCUUACCAGGGUAGAGUUCCAGAACCAACUGCAUAGUGAGUUGGACCCUUGCUCAGACUGUAGACAGGUUGUAGGGACUGACUUGGAAAAAGCAUUUAGUUCUGAUGGGAAAAUGAUCAGAGGCCGAAUGUGCUAUUGUUAAGCCAUUAAAAUAUAUACCACCUU